AUGGCCGGCAACUGGAUCACUGGCCCGUCCAAUCAGACAACAGACUUCGGCAGCGUGUUCACUCACCAGGUGCUCCCAGUUCUCUAUGUGCUGAUCGGUGGCGUGGGCUUGGCUCUCAACAGCUUGGCUGCCUGGAUCUUCUUCCGGGUGCCCAGCGACUCAGGCAUGGUGGUCUACUUGAAAAACAUGGUAGUGGCUGACCUGCUGAUGCUGCUCACCUUCCCCUGGCGUGUGGCCAGCGAGCUCGGCCUGGGCGGCUGGCACGUUCGCGUGGCCGUUUGCCGCUACAGCGCCGUGCUCUUCUACUCCUCCAUGUACGUGGGCAUCAUCUUAAUGGGCCUCAUCAGCCUGGAGCGCUACGUCAAGGUCGUAGGACACUCAUCGUCCUGCACGCACCUCCUGCAGCGAGUGGGGUUCACCCGGGUCCUGGCCCUGCUGACGUGGAGUCUGCUGCUACUCUCUGUACUCCCCAAUGUCGUGCUCACCAGCAAGCCUGCGGAUGAGGAGAGCUCCAGGCACUGUGUGCAGCUAAAGACCCCCCUGGGUCAGCAGUGGCACAAGGUGUCCUCGUAUUUCAACGUGGCCCUGUUCUGGGUCACCGUACUGGUGCUAGCCUUCUGCUACUCUUCCAUCGCCCGCCACUUCUACAAGUCGCACCGCCGCGUGCGCCAGGACGACAGCAGGGUGUACAGCAAGUCCAACUGCAGCAUCUUCAGCCUCCUGGCCGUGUUCUUCAUCUGUUUCGUGCCCUACCACAUCUGCCGCGUCACCUACACCCAAAGCCAGUUACCCGGCUCCGGCUUCAGCUGGCACAGCCGUUAUAUGCUGUUCCAGGCGAAGGAGGUCACCCUCUUCCUGUCGGCGCUCAACGUGUGCCUGGACCCAGUCAUCUACUUCUUGAUGUGCACUAAAUUCCGCGAGUCACUACUGAAGAAACUGCCCAGAGCCGGGGGAGGACCAAGGAGAUGUUCCCUUACCACAGAACAGACCAUUAGUAAUAUGUGAUGA